CGGUGCCUUUUUCUUUCUCCCGCCUUUGUCUUUCCUCCAUCCUUUUUUCUUCAUCCUGUCCCCCUCCCAACAGAAGCUCUCAAUCCUCCUCUGGCCCCCUACCCACUCCCACAUCCUGCCUCAUCUGCAUCCUCCUCCCCUACUUUUCUCCGCCCUCGCGCCCAAGCCUCCGCCCAUUAGCCCCCGCCCCCAGCUGCCAGUCCCCAGCAGCUCAGUCCUGCAGUGAGUCCAUAGCAAAGCACCAGGAGCUGAGCACCGCUGGCUGUGCUGGCUAGCAAGUCUCCGAAUGGCUCAGGAGAAAAUGGAGCUGGAUUUUGAGGCUGACACAUCUGAUGGGGGCACCCUGAGACGGUCCAACAGUGCUCCCUUGAUCCAUGUGCUCAGUGACCUUUCACAGGUUUUUGAGCCAUAUCCACUUAGAACUCGGAGGAACAGUACGACAAUUAUGAGCCAUCAUAGCUUGGAAGAAGGCCUGGAUAUGAUGAACAGAGAAACUUCCCAUGAAAGGGAAGCUCAAGCAGGAAUGCAGAUCAGCCAGUCAUGGGAUGAAAGCUUGAGCCUGAGUGAUAGUGAUUUUGACAAGUCAGAGAAAUUAUAUUCUCCCAAGAGAAUUGACUUCACUCCAGUUUCUCCGGCGCCUUCCCCAACCAGAGGAUUUGGAAAGCAGUGCUUUUCGCCAUCCUUGCAAAUGUUUGUGAGUAGCAGUGGCAUGCCACCAAGUCCUGUUUCGAAUCCAACACAUUAUUCAAGCAGGAGGAGUCAGAGUCCAGUGAAAUGCAUUAGGCCCAGUGUUCUUGGUCCUCUUAAGAGAAAAGGGGAAAUGGAGACAGAAAGCCAGCCUAAGAGACUCUUCCAAGGCACCGCCAACAUGCUGUCUGGAGAUGCUGCGCAAUUGUCUGAUCUCAGUUCAUGGUGGUGUUAUCAAGGAGAAGAAAUUCCUGCCUUGACCAGAUGUGUGGAGCAUCUCCAAAUGAACGAAUAGUUCUUUACACAAAGCAGUGUACAAAAGCAAGCGUCCAUGAAGCUGUCAGUGUCUCGGGUAGUAUUAUGAGGCCUUAGGUGCCUUGGGGUACAUUGCUGUGCUGUAGGGGAUAUAUAUCAUAAGGUCUUGUGGAAAUGGAAGCUUUCUGUAUGUGAGUGCAGUUUGGUUUGAUUUUUUUUUUUUUCUGAUUCUUUUUCGUCACUGAGUUUGUUUUGUCAUGUGGUGACUUGUGGUUUUUUGUUGUCUGUUUUGGUUUGGUUUUGGUUAUUGUGUUGUGGUAGAGUCAGAACCCAGUUCUUGUUCUUGUUGCCCUAUAGAGGGCAGUUUAGUAUCUCUAAGGAAGCUUUGAGGCACUGAAAGGGUUAGUGAUACUGUGCCCCCUGCUUCCAGUUGUUUCUUGAGCUCUGAGCAGUGUAUAUGCAGUGUGAUGUAACAUAUGCUCUGUCAUUUUUACAAGAGGAGACUCCUGAGUAAAAUAUUUCAGAAAUCCAAGUGUGAUCUAAUGUGACAUUAUUAUUUAUGACACUAC